AUGAAGACCUCCAUGGCAAGCCGCCUGAACAUAAAUGAGGAUAGGGGGGCCAUGGGGAGAGGCUAUACAGGUGCAGCGCAGGGCAAACAUGUAGCAAUCAGUUUCAAGAGCAUCUGGACGAUACAAGAGCAGGCGGGCCUGGCAUUUGCCUACCUCAUCCUCCUCUCCAGGCAGGGCAAGGUCCGUCUGGCAAAAUGGUUCUCGACACUAUCUCCUAAGGACAAGGCCAAGAUCGUCAAGGACGUCUCGCAGCUCGUUCUGGCCCGGCGCACGCGCAUGUGCAACUUCCUCGAGUACAAGGACACCAAGAUCGUCUACCGCCGAUACGCCUCGCUCUUCUUCAUCGCCGGCUGCGACUCGGACGACAACGAGCUCAUCACGCUCGAGAUCAUCCACCGAUACGUCGAGCAGAUGGACAAGUACUACGGCAACGUCUGCGAGCUGGACAUCAUCUUCUCCUUCACAAAGGCCUACUACAUUCUCGACGAGUUAUUACUGGCAGGCGAGCUCCAGGAGAGCAGCAAGAAGGCCGUGUUACGAUGCAUUGGACAACAAGAUUCCCUGGAGGACAUGGAGGUCGAGGACGAGGUUACGAAGAUCAUGUAG